AUGACCACCUCAUUGCUCGAAGGCAUUCGCGUGGUCGAACUUGCGACUGCCCUGCAAGGUCCACUCGCAGCGCAAUAUUUGUCUGAUCAUGGCGCGACCGUCAUCAAAAUUGAACCGCCGACUGGCGACGCCAGUCGUUUCGUCGGCGUUUAUCCAAGUCCCGGUCACGCUGAACAGGUAAGAGGCAGCCAGUUCAUCUCAGCUAACAGGGGUAAGUUAUCGGUGUGCCUUGAUCUAAAGACCCCAUUCGGUCACAACGCCGCGGCGACACUGGUGGCAACCGCGGACGUGUUUCUGACCAACCUACGCCAGCCUGCGUUGGAACGCCUGGCACUGGACGCCGACACCCUGGAAAAACGCCAUCCCGAUCUUAUCUAUGCCAGAGCCACCGGCUUUGGCCCCUUCGGUCCAGAUGCGGACAAAGCUAUGAUUGACGGUGCGGCACAGGCUCGCGGCGGCAUUACAGCAUUGAGCGGCUCAAGUGUUUCUCCCACACCACCCGGCUGUAUGUUGGCGGAUACUUCUGGCGCGCUGACUCUGGCGCUUGGCGUGCUCACCGGGCUUACCGGACGUCUUCUGACCGGACACGCGCACAGAGUCGAUACAUCCGCCCUGGGUACGCAGCUGUAUUUGCAGAGCUGGGAGCUUCAACACGCGAUGCUGGGAGGCGAAAAAAGUACAGCAGCUGGCGCUCACCAUGCACUACUCAAUGGGUUGUAUGGCGUAUAUCAAACCAGCGAUGAAGGGCAAUUGUUCAUUGGCGUCUUUCAAGAGUUCGGAGCGUGGCAGAGAUUCUGGACAUUUGCUGGAUUGCCUGAGGUUGGUGAGGACCAGAGGUGGAACGAUCUAGCCCAACAAUUUACGAUAGACGAAGCCACGCUUGAACAACUUCGCGCCUACGCAACUGAGGCGAUCGCGGCGAAGGGCACUGAAGAAUGGACAGAUUUUUUAGCCCGGGAACCUCGCAUUAUCUGGGAGCAGGUGCGUGAUUUUGAUGGGGUUUUUGCAGACCCGCAGAACAUCGCGAACCGUCACAUUGCCAGCCUAAAUAUUGACGCACACAGCGAAACCACACCGACCGUGGGCAAUCCUGUGAUGGUUGGUGGCAACCCUUGCGACGAAUAUGCGCCACCACCCGGCAUCGGUGACCAUACGAUGGAUAUUCUCAGUGGUGUUGGCAUUUCAUCAGCUGAAAUCAACCGCCAUAUCAAUCAUUGUCACUUUCUGCGCAGCAGCCAGAACGUGAAUACAGAGGGCGUACAAUGA